AUGCCGCCGCUGGACCAGGAGCGCCAUCACCACUUCCAGAUCCACUUCAAGGGUGGGGACAAGCUGAGCUUCCUCGCCCACCCGCCUCCUCUGCAAGACUUUUUGGACGACGACGAAGCUCUCCAGAGGGCCAUGGAGCUGCCGAUGGCGCGGACCGGGACGGCCGACCGCAACACAAGGCUCCGCUUGGCUCGGGCCAUUCUGAAGGCCAUGGCCUGGUUGACGGAGGGCGGCGACUGUCGGGAUGGCGUCAUGGUCCUCCCCGAGGACAUUGUCGAGGAGCUGGAAGCGGCGUCCAUGGGGCACGCAAUGUGGCGCAGCAUCUUUCGCGACCCGCACGGCGGCGACUGGAACGUGGCGCUGUUUGAAGCCAGGCUCAUCUUCGAGAGCGUGGUGGGCAAGGCCGCGAAGAAGAUCGA